UCCUGCGAUAAUCUCAUUUUUGUUGUAACAAUAAAUCAGAUUUUUAAAUAUGAUAAACAAUAAAAAUUAUUGUAAACUAUUUGGCGCCAUCUAUUGACUGGUAUCAAUUUGACACAAUUGGACAUAACCUGGGACAGAUUUUUAUUAUCAAUUUUUGUAAAUUUUGCAUCAGGAGUCGUGUUUACCCAAGGUGUUUACUAUUAUUUAGUUUUGUUAUAGAAAAUGCAGUUUUCCCAGGCAGGUGUGGCAGAUGUCUUGCGUUCUGCUCAACGAGACGAAAGUUUCGUUCUGGAAAUGCAAGACAAUCUACAAGCAAUUUUAAAAUUAUUUGGAACCAGAUACUAUCACGGUGGUCAGAGGAUCAUCCCAGCAUUAACAAACACUUGGUAUUAUUUCAUGACAACUUUAGGUAACUUACAAACAUUAGGCGAAGAGUAUACAGGAACUUUGAGAUUUAGUAAUAACAAUACAGUUCCAUCUAAAACGGCUGAGUUGGUGUGGUUGUUAUUGUAUAUUGGAGGAGAACCAAUUUGUGAUAGAUUGAUUAAUUCCUUACUUAACAAAAUAAAACAUUCUAAUGAAUUGACUGAACAAGCAAAAACACUAUUAAUAAAACUUUUGACUUUUCUUCAAGAACAAAAACACACUUUAAAGAGAAUACAUCAUUCACUUUUUUACAUUGGUGGGAAAUAUUACAACAUUUCAAACAGGAUUUUAGCAAUAAAAUAUGUAUUGGUACGAGAAUGGCUAAGAGAUGAUACUUUUACUCAAAGCUUCAAAUUAUUGGGACAUUUAUCACUGUUUUAUAUUCUUUUUAAUUUAAUCCAACAAUUGUGGUCUUCUAAAAAUAAUGGUGACGUUGCAGAGAAUUUUGUUAGUGAAGUAGAUGUAUCAAAAAAAGGGUGUGUUUUGUGUGCAGAAAAUAGGAAAAACCCGUGUGCAACCCCUUGUGGUCAUAUAUUUUGUUGGGAUUGUAUUUGUGAUAGCUUGAAAUAUCAACAUGUUUGCCCUAUUUGCCGAGAGGUUGUUUUGCCAAGUAGAAUUAUUUUGUUACAGAACUAUUUCUAAUAAUGCAAAUAAAAUUGUUACGUACU